AUGUAUGGUGAUCUGUUGACACCGGUGGUCUCUGCCAGCUUGUACUGGGAGGAGCGUGUGUUUGCCACUGCUGUCGACAUCGACUGCGACGGCCGGACAGAUCUCGGCAUCCACAACAGCCGCGGCCUCUCGUUCAUUCCCUCCGGCUCGCCUUACACCAGCGCUCCAAGCUCUGGCCCGCCCAUCCCACCUGGUGCUGCGCCGCAGUACGAUGUUGCCGAGCCGGCGGACCAGCUCGCAGGCUGCCUGACCCGGGAAAUGGGGCCAGCUGCGCGUAUGGGUGACGUCUUUGCGCAGCCGUGGUACAAGGCGCCCGGAGAUGUCUCCGCCGUCGCGCUGCAUGACGCAUGGGCCGGCGAUCUCAACAAUGAUACCGUCCCGGAUGUCGUCAUCUCACGCACCGAGGGCAUCUUUACCAUCCAGGGUGUCGCUUCUGGCCGCUGGCCGCUGGCCCGUCCGCCUCUCCCGGCCUUUGAUCCCGCGUACGUGCUCUCCUCUGACCGUCAGGCCGUCUCUGUUUUUGACAUCGAUGUCGACGGUGACAACGACGUCGUCUGGUUCUCGGAGAGCAGCGAUGCUGGAGGCGCUAGCGACCUCGUCUGGUUCGCCAACACUGGCAACGGCACCUUUGAGUUGCCCGCCCGUGUCAUCGAGCCGUACGACUCGGCCGAGGGCUGGGUCUGCUCCCUCGACGUCGCAGACAUCAAUGCCGAUGGCUUUGUCGACAUUGUCUGGCUCACCGACAAGUCCGGCAACGUCUUUCUCAAGCACGGUACCGGACCGGGUACCUUUGGGCCCCGUAUGCCUCUCACCCCCGCUUACGGCUGGGCUGGUUCACUCCACUUUAUGGAUUAUGACUCGGACGGUGACCUCGAUGUCUUGCUCCCGGCGCAGGACUCUGACGUAAUCAUGAUCUACAUCAAUGACGCGGCUACGCCCACCUCCGACUUUGUGCCCGGGACCCCUGUCCUUGCUGCCUCGUAUGACCGCAUGCGCGAUGCCACUGUAGGCGAUGUCGACGCUGACGGCGACGACGACAUCGUCUUCCUCCGCUCAUACCCGAACCAAGUCGAGUACCUCCGCCACGAUGCCGGCGCCACCUACUACCGCACCCAGGUCGCCAUCACAGGCAUGCCUGCACAUGUCUACCGCGCACGCCUAGGUGACAUCAAUAAUGACGGUUACCUCGAUGUGUGCGGCGUCGGCAGCUACCUCUGGAUCUUCUGCUCGCUCUACUCGACCUCAGUCUCAACCUUUCUCGACCCGCCGCUCGUUGUCGCCCAGCUCUACGACGUCUCCGCCACUACGUUUGAGAUUGUCGACAUGGACUCGGACGGCCUCCUCGAUCUCGUUCUCGGUGCUGGGCCGCCAACCGGUAAGAACGCCGGUCGCGCCCUCUUCUACCUCCGCAACGAUCCGCUGUACUCCAAGCGCUUCUCAGUCCGCCACCCUGUCGGUAUCCUCGGGGACACGCUCGGCCAGAGCCAGCCCAACGCCAUCGGCGACCUUGACGGCGAUGGUGUGCCCGACUUUGUCGUCGCCUCCUCCCACGCCGCGCCUAGCGCGCUUUCGGUCUAUGUCACCGCAGGCCCUGGAACCGCCAGCGGUGGCGCUGGGCUACCAGCCUACCCCAAUGCCAUCGCGCAGGUCCAUGCCGAUGACGCCCGCACCGUCUUUGUGCAGGAUGUUGACGGAGACGGCGAUUUCGACGUUCUCUCUCCGCUCGCCUCGGGUGACGUCGUCCUUCUCCGCAACACCCACGUCGAGACGUCGGCAUCGCCAGGCGAUCCGAUUGCCUUUGCUCCUGCUCUUGUUGUCGGUCGCGCCCAGAGCGUCGGUGACAUCCCGGUGGCCGCCACCUUUAUCGCCCCCGAUGGCGUUGGGGUUGUGUGGCAGCCGCUCUUUGGCGACAGUUACGUGUGGCUCUAUCUCGGCAUCGACUGGGUGACAACAACCGAGGUGGCCGCCACCAACCUGACCACAGCCGGCACCUGCGCCGGUGCGCUCACAGUCGUUGAUCUGGACGGCGACACCUCGCGCGACGUUGUUCUCACUUCUGACCGCGAUGUCAUCGCCAUUCUCGACAUCCGCGGCGUCGGCCUUGCCAAUCUCGACGCCGACGGUGGGCUUCGUAUCGUGGUUGCCUCCAUGGGAGCCGCUACCUUUUGCAAUGCAAGGGCACAGCUCCAGGUUGCGCAUCUCAACCCGGCCGACGACAGCCUGCUUGACCUCGUACUCGUUAUCAACCAUGAGAUGGCCGUAUUCUUUGGCCUCCCACCCACGCCAUCCGACCCCGUCGUGUAUACUUCGUACCGGCCGCUGCCCGACAUUGGGCUGCCAUCCGCCGUCGCCGACGGCUUUGCGCUCACCGACUACAACUCUGACGGCUACCUCGAUGUCAUGCUCAGCGUCGACACGCGCCUCGCCGCUGUGACCAAUCUGGGAUAUCCCGCGGCAAUGCGCGGCCAGAUUGACGUCCACAACAAUCGAUAUGGAAACUUCCGCUCGAUGGUCGUUGGCGACUGGGACCAUGACUCGCUUGUCGACCUUAUUGUCUACAACAGCGAUCAAACGCGCAUCCACCUGUAUACCGGAGGCGACGCGUUUAUCAGCUACCCGGUCUUCAGCUUGGGCUUCCACGCAACUUGGAUGGGCUCGGUCGACAUCGACAUGGACGGCCGCGAGGAUCUGCUGAUGGCAACCCAGUCGAGCGCCGGCUAUCAGAUGCGCUGGAUCCCCAACUCGGGCACGCUCCCGUUCUUUGAUCCUGCCCAGAAUGUCAUCAUCGACGAUGGGACCGGCGUAUUCAAACUCGCUAACGACAUUGGCGUCGCUCCCAUCGACGCGGACAUGUGGCCUGACCUUGUUGUUGUCGGCCAGCAGUCAGAGAAUCUGGUAUUUUUUCGCGGCAAUCCCGACUCGUCGACGCGAUUUGAUCCGCCCUACGUCCUGGCUUCUUGGUCGUCGUCUUGCACCAUGGAGCGGUUCAUGCAGGUUGUCGAUCUAACUGAUGAUGGCCUUUUUGACUUUGUUUUUGCCUGCUCAACCUCGGGCACCGUCGAGGCGUACAUCUCAGGCGGGCCUGGUGGUAGCGGCGAGCCUUGGACGGUCUCGUAUGUCGGAGCUAUUGCCUCGACGGGCGCUUUUGCUGUGACCGGCCUCGAGCUCGUAGACAUCAACAGCGACGGGCUGGUCGAUGUGGUGCUCGUGAGCGAUGCCGGAGCCAGCGCCAUAUCAUAUGCGAUCAACAUCGGCAGUGCGAGCUUGCCGUCCUUCUCACCGCUCCAUCCAUCGACCCUCACGGUGGACACAAGCACAUUUGCGCCACAGCCCGAGGUUGCUGCGGCAGCAGCGACGCUUGCCAUCCUCGACGCGAAUAUGGACGGCGCGCCUGACGUACUCGUUAUGUCGAAUGGCCGACGGCUGCUUGGCAUCAACCAGUCACCGCUGCUUGCUGCUACCGAGUUCAACCACACCCAUCCUGGUGUGGGCGCGGCGCUGUUUGCCUCGGUCGCCCGCCUGUACGACGACGUGGCGGAUACGACAUCUGAUGCCAACAAUAUUGCUGUUGCCGACAUAGACGGCGAUGGGCUCCCGGACUGGCUGGCGGUACUGACAGGCGGGUCAUACAAGAAGGUCAUCUACUCGGGUAUGGCCUCGAUGUGGCGGCUCUCGCGGCCAGCGGCCACCUUUCGGGUUGACGUUGCCGGCUGCGGAUACACGCUCGCUUGUGUGCUCCGCGAGGUCGUUCUUCGCGCCGGCUCGGGUCUCAACGACACGAUUGUUCUUCCGGCUGGCCGCUACACUGGGUGUUGGAGCGAGCCGUACGUUGUUGGCAAGAGCGUCCGGCUCCGUGGCGAGGGUAACGUGGUCAUUGACUGUACCCGUUCUCCCGACACGGACGUAGCGGCCGCGUCGACGCUGUUUAGGAUCGAGAGCGCAGACGUGGAGCUGACGCUCGCAAACAUGGUCAUCACCGGCGCGGUUUCGGGUGAGAAACGGUUUGGCGGCGGCGCGUUCGAGGUCAACGCCGGCACGCUGCGGCUGGAGCAUGUGCAGGUUGUUAACGCCACGGCGCUGACGGCGAGCCAGCUCUCGGUGGCGUCGCCGGUGGUCGGAUUUGGCGGUGCAGUGCUGCUGCGCGGUGGCCGACUCGAGGCAGUCGACAGCGUGUUUGCGAGCAACACGGCCGAGCACUCUGGUGGCGCAGUGGCUGCGAUCGGGACUGCGGUCGAGAUCAUGUUUGAGCGAGUGGCGUGUGUCGAUCAUGUUGCCGAGGUUGCCGGCGGUUGCGUCUUUCUCGAGUCGGCCGGCGGUGCAUCGUCGCUCACGCUUCGCGGCUCCGAGCUGGCGCGCAACACAGCGGUGGGCACGUCGCCUGCGAUCGCUUCUGCGCGCCGCGGCGGUGCGACGUCGGUGAUUCUCCUUGCUGGGAUCUGCAACGUGAGAGUCGAUAGUGGCAGUGUGUUCGCCCACAAUGCCGCGCGCGAAGCCGGCGGAGGCCUGUUUGUCCGCACCUCGAGUACUGCGCAGCUGUUCCUGUCCGGCAGUGACGCACUCAUCGAGCACAACAGCGCCCGCGGCGGCAACGGCGGUGGUAUCGGCCUGGUGGCGCUCGACGAGUCGUCUGUGGAUGCCACGUUUGCCAGCGGUAUGAUCAUUUCCAGCAACUCGGCCGCUGGCAGCGGCGGCGGGCUGGCUGCGUCUGCCGAGAGCCAGUCGGCGAGGUGCAGCGUGCAGAGCAGCGGCGGAUUGGUUCUUGCCCACAAUGUUGCCGACGUCCACGGCGGUGGCGGCUUUGCGACGGGUAGCGGAACCGAGUUUGAUCUCACCGGCGCGGCCCUGGAGCGGAACUACGCGCGGAGGAUAGGCGGCGGCGUGGCUGUUACCGGGACCGGCAUCGCGCGCGUCAGCUCGGGCGUGAUGCGGGGCAAUUCGGCGGCAUGGGGCGGUGCUGGCGGUGCCACGAGCAUGAGCGAGUACCUUGUCAUGCCGCUCGCCCGCAACGGGUUUGCGAUCGAGUCGUCUAGCGCAUCGCUGGAGGCGCUUCGUCUUGCAGACGACGAGGAGCUCAGCGCGCGGCAUGGAGGCAUCGGGUGCGGCGUGCGCGGAGAGCUGGCAAUGAGCGAUAUGCAGCUCGACGGGAACGUGGCGGUGUAUGGCUCGGUCGGGUUCGCUUGCGGAUCGCCGGUCCGGGUCUCGGGCGGUGCGACGCAAGUGACGUUUGACACCAGUGCGCGAGUCGGUGACGUGGCGCCGGCAUCGGGCCUCUUUUUUGCGUGCGUCACCGAUGCCGGAUACUGUGGUCGCGGGAGCGAUGAGUGUUGCCUGGCGAGCGCGCCAGUCGAGCUGCUCGGUCUGCCGUGGAUGUGGGCGGACGCCGCGAGCGUCCGCGCGCUCAACGACACACUGUCGGAUGUGAUGGCGAGCGUGGGGUACGGCCCGAUGGUGGCGACGCCGCUGGUGCAGCUGGAGUGGGAGGCAGGCCUGCCGGAGACAGUGUCAUCGGGUGCGCCAUUGGGAUCUGGAAGCGCCAUCGUGCGCGGAUACGACGGAUUGGGUCAGACUGUUGUCGACCCGCAGCUCAACGUAGGGAUGGGCUUUGUCAAGGCGAGCGACUCGGAGUCCUACGCGUUUGUGGGGACCGGGGUGCAGCAGCUCAUUUCGAGCGCGAGCGUGUCGUUUGGUGGCGUCGGCAUCGCGGCGCGAGUCGGAGCAGCAGUCGGCGUCCCGAUCGAAGUGCGAAUCGGGGUGAGCAAGUCUGCGGUGCCGUUGGCGGUGGUGCCCAACUCGGGUGUGUUUGGGAGCGUGGUGGUCCAGGCGUGUCUGCCAGGCUCUGGCGCGCUGCAGAAAGACGGAUCGGGUGUACUUGAGUGUGCGCUCUGCACCGAGGGCUCGUUCUCGGCGGAGACGUCGCUUGAGCCAUGCGAGGCGUGCCCAUCGACGACGGUGCUGACUGGAACGGGUGCGGUCGAGUGCCUGACGUGCCCGGUGCUUGCGCAGGUUGUACCGGGCUUUCUGCCUGUGCCUGGCCAGCCAAUCAACUGCACAUGCAUGCCCGGGGCCUGGUCUGUGAAUGGCAACGACAAUGUGGCGUGCGUCGAGUGCCCCGAAGGUGCAUCGUGCGCAGGCGGGCGGGCGCAGCCGGUGGCGCGGCCGGGCUACUUUCCGACGGCCGAUCCCGGGGUGUUCCUCGAGUGCCCGAACCGGGCAGCAUGCCCCGGUGGCGCGCCUUUUGUGUGCGCCCAGGGCUACACCGGUCGGCUGUGCGGAGCGUGCGAUCGCGGGUACUAUGCGCUCGGCGGAACAUGCUACAAGUGUGACAACCGGACACUCCCGUUGCUUGUGUUCUUUGUUGUAGUGGCUGUGGCGUUUGUGGGCCUUCUGGUGUGGCUCAACGCCAAGGAGGAGCUGAGCUAUCGGUUUGCGGCAGCGAUGAUCGGGUUCAACUCUCUGCAGAUCAGCGCGAUGUACGGGCAGUUUGAGCUGCCGUGGCCGAACUUUGCGUCACAGUUUUUCAACGUGGUCUCGUUCUUCAACCUCAAUCUGGAUCUGAGCUCGCCAGAGUGUGCAACGUUUACCGACAACGUGUGGCUGCUCAAAUGGUGGCUGACGGUGAGUCUUCCGCUACUGUUCUGCCUUCCGUUUGCAAUUGUUUACUGCAGCGUGAUGGUGAACAAGCACCACGUUGCGCCGCGGCUGGGGCGCGCAGUGGCGAUUACGGGCGGUGCGCUGCGUGACGCGUGCCGGCGCGCGUACCUCCAGCUGAUGGUGCUGCUGUACCUACCUCUGUCGGCGAUGGCGAUGAGCUAUCUGCAGUGCCGGCGCGACAAGGACGGGCGGUGGGUGCUCGAGGCAUCACCGUCGAAGAGCUGCUACGGGGUGUGGUACUGGAACUACUUUGGUCCUGCGGUUGUGUUCUGCCUCGGGUACGCGAUCGGUAUCCCGGGCGGGGUGUACCUGUUACUGACGCGUGUGCAGCGGCGGAGCGACCAGAUCCUGUUUGGGCUGCGGUACGCAUUCCUCGUAGGCCGAUUCACAGCGCUCAACUAUCGGUUCGAGGUGUGGAUCAUGGUUCGCAAGGUGAGCGUGGUGAUGGCGAUGACGUUUUUCCGGGCGCCGCUGGUCAAGGCGAACGUAGCGCUGUACGGCCUGGUCAUCUCGCUUUGUCACCUCGUGCAUGUCAAGCCGUACGCGUCGAACUUUCACAACCAGCUCGCGGUGGUGUGUCUCGCAUCGUGCGUGAGCGUGCUGUGGGCCGGCACGUCUGCGGUGCCCGAGUUCCGCGACACGGUGGCGAUCGGGGCGAUCGCCGUCAACGUUGCGGCGAUUGUGGUGGGCAACAUCAUUGACUUGGUGCUGAUCUGGCGGCGGAACUCCGAGGCUGAGAAGCUGUUUGACGGGCAACAAGCCAGAGACGGCGAGCUGGGAUUUGAAGGGCAGAUCGACAUGUUUGACGAUACUGUGUCGGUGACGUACAUUUGCGAGACGCUGGCGCCGAGUGCGCUCCCGGUGCAACAUGUGGCUCUCGAGCGGCGAUGGCUCGAGCAGUAG